UAGGCGCAACCCACAACAGCGUGCUGUUACGCGCAGCUGUCACAUGCAACCCUGCCGCCACGCCAUAUUGUGACAGCGGCUGUCAACUUCUCUUUCGCUCUUUCUUGUUCAACCGUUCGCCACACAAGAUGACGAAGGGUACCUCCAGCUUUGGUAAACGCCACAACAAGACGCACACCUUGUGCCGUCGUUGUGGACGCUCCUCCUACCACAUCCAAAAGUCGACUUGCGCCCAGUGCGGCUACCCCGCCGCCAAGUUGCGUUCCUACAACUGGUCGGUGAAGGCCAAGAGGAGGAAGACCACCGGAACCGGUCGCAUGCAGCACCUGAAGGUCGUGCGCCGCCGUUUCCGCAACGGAUUCCGCGAGGGCACCCAGGCCAAGCCCAAGAAGGCCGUUCAGUCCAGCAAGUAGGACCCAUCUACUCUUUAUGUAUCCCUCAAGAUAUGUAGAAUAGAUAGCCAGCUGCCUAUUACCAGAACGACAGCGCCUCUAGCCGAUCUGCGUGAAAACACCAUCUAAAAUCCACUAAUUACGGCCCCAAAAAGGCUAAUAAAUCGCUCGAGCGCUAAUAAAUGAA